AUGCUGUCUAGCAGUAUCUUAUACGUGGCCGGAAGUCCUAACACAGUUUUACUGCCUGGGUCUCGGGUCAAAAGCAACUUCAAAGGCUGCAUGAGAAAGGUGCAGUACCAAGCAGAUAGUGUCAACCUAGAUUUAACAGACCUAGCGAAAACAAGCCAUGGUUUAAUCAGUGUAGUGGGUGAAGUUUUAUUCAAUAGAUGUCAAGAACUUGUUGAAUCUCAUCCAAUCACAUUUUUAACUCCCAAAUCUUUUAUUACUCUCCCGUCAUGGGAUGUAACUCUAAAACGGGCUUCCAUUGCUUUCCAGUUUCAAACCACCGAGCCCAAUGGUGUUAUUUUAUACAACUCUGGAUUAGGGACAUAUACUGACUUCUUCGCUAUCGAGCUUUUAGACGGUCAUCUUUAUUUAGUGGUGGAUCUCGGUUCUGGUACGAUUAAAGUUAAAGCCAGUAAGAUUCCCGUAAAUGACGGUAAACCACAUGAAGUGUAUUUAGACUACCAGGGGCCACAAGGGUAUAUAACUCUUGAUGGUACUAAAGAACCGUAUUCAUCUACAGUAGAAAGUGACUUGCUACAGCUUGGUGGAAAGUUGUUUGUGGGUGGAAUUAACGAGGAUGUAGAUUCGUCAACGCUACCUAAAGAAAUGUGGGCGGGGAUGUUAGGACAUGGAUAUGUUGGUUGUUUACAAGAUUUAGUGAUUAAUGGUAAUAAGAUGGAUCUUGUAGCUGCAGCAGCUCUGCAGUUAACGGAAGGAAUAGCUGAAUAUUGUAGGCGUAUGGAACCACAGUGUUUAAGCUAUCCGUGUAUGCAUCAAGGAGUUUGUGUAGAGGGUUGGAAUAGAUUUGUCUGUGAUUGUCGAGCUACUGGAUUUAUUGAUGAUGUGUGUCAAACAGCAUCAGCAACCCUGAGAUUCGAUGGAACCCAGUUUGUGAAAGUAUCAAUGCCAGAAGAAUCUUUGACAGAAGCCGAGGAUAUUUCUCUUCGAUUCCGAACCAUGCAUCCAAAUGGCUUGUUAUUCAUGACUACUUCUGUAAAAACAACAGAUAUAAUGGAGUUAUAUUUAGAAUCGGGUUCGAUCAAGUUGAAUGUAGACCUAAUAAUUCUUGAUAUUUUAUUUCAGUCGUUAACAGUAGGUCAUGUUUUGAACGAUGAUAGAUGGCAUACAGUGUUUAUUAAACGCCGAGCCCAGACGAUAGAAAUAGCAAUCGAUGGUCAUAGGCCUGUUACAGGUGAAUUACCAGGUGAUGCGGAGGAAUUGGAAUUCCGAAAUAUCGACGUCGGACACGAAAUGAAAGAUGAGAAUUCUGUCGGAGAACAUUCCGGAUUUAUUGGCUCUAUGCAACAAUUUAUUUUUAACAAAAAUUAUUUUUUUGAACUUGCAAAAUCGGGACAGAUAGAAAAUAUUGAUGUGACCGCUAAAUUUAGUAGCGAUGAUUACGUUGUUAGGGAUCCUGUGACAUUCAAAUCAGCGUCUGCUUAUGCUACGUUACCAACGUUACACGCAUAUAAAAAAUUCUCUUUGUCGUUUCAAUUUAAAACUACAGAGGAGUCUGGUUUAGUUUUGUUUAAUUCGGGUCAAGGUCAGGAUUUUUUCUGUAUCGAACUUCACGGAGGAUAUUUAUAUUAUAUCUACAAUAUGGGAGCAGGAGCGCAGCGAAUCAUGAUCAACUCGAAAGAUAAGCUCAACAAUAAUAAAUGGCACGAAGUUCGUCUGCUACGUCCAGAACUACACAAACAGCUGAUCCGAAUCGACGAUAACACCCCAACAGUUGAUAAUCUAGGAGGUUCACAAGCUUUACAUUUUGAUUUGGAGGGUUCGCUAUUUGUUGGUGGCGUCAGGAAAACGAUGUAUCAUUCGUUACCGAAGAUUAUCACGUCCCGUCAUGGCUUUCUGGGAUGUCUAGGCUCGCUAGAUUUAAAUGGAUAUCUUCCUAAUUUGGUAAAAGAAGCAGACACAAUACAUCAGUCUAUUGUUGAAGGUUGUAAAGGUCCGACAACUCAGUGUCAGGUUGAUAGCUGUGGUAAUAGAGGGCGCUGUGUACAGCAGUGGAAUUCCUACGUCUGUGAUUGUGACUCUACGUCUUACAGCGGGGAAACUUGUAAAGAAGAGAGUACAUCCUAUAGAUUUGGUCCUGGUGAAGGUUUAUUGACGUUCAGCUACCCAGCAUACCAACGCCCUGAUACAGUCGGGGAUAAUCUAGCGCUUGGGUUCAAGACUUUCUCUAAAGAUGCUGUGUUGGUCAGAAUUGAUAGUGGAAAUUUUGAUGAUUAUGUUGAAAUGGAAUUGGUCAACGGUAAUAUCUUUGUGGUUUAUAAUAUGGGAACAACAGAUCAUCCGAUUGGAGAGAUAUUCAAACAAGUUAACGAUGGGAAAUAUCAUGUCAUCAGAUUUACACGGAGCGGACCGAAUUCAACCAUUCAGAUUGACGAUCUGAUGAUGCAAACUAAAAACCCGAAAGGCCAACAACUUGGAGUAUUUAACAAUCAAGCUUAUGUCUAUGUUGGAGGCAAGAAAACUGAAGAUGGAAUGAUAGCACGGCCAUUUGAAGGAACUAUUUCUGGUCUGGUUAUGAAUGGUAUUCACAUCUUGGAUUUAGCAGAAAACAACGAUUCCAGAAUAACAAAAGAAAAAAUGAUGAAAUUAGUUCAUUCUUUUUAUGAUGAAGUCUUGCUGAAACCUACGUCUGUUCCAGAACCCCCAAAAAAGGAGCGAGUCAAGAGUAAAAGCACGAGACAGACUUCGGAAGAGAAAAAUCAGACUACGCCUAAAUUAGGUGUUACUGAUGACAUCAUAUUUUCUGGUGCUGGAGCUGGUUGCCAUAGUGAUGAUGAAGAUGAUUGUACAUCUGUUGGGGGAGCUACUCCAUUUUAUCCGCUGCAAAGUAGUUUCCCGCCCAAGGGAGAUAAUAGUAAAGAAUCAGUUGGAGGUGUGGCUACGUUAAAUAUUGGACUAAUAGUAGGCAUCGCUGCCGGGGUUUUGGUGGCGCUACUCAUACUGAUUUUCGCGUUGUAUAAGUUCCGCAGUCGAGAUGAAGGAACCUACAAAGUUGACGAGAGUCAGAAUUUCUCAUAUUUGGAGUCUAAAAAGCCGCAAGGUAAUGGUGCUUUACUGGGUGCAAAUGAUUCGAAUAAACGGGGCAAGAAAAAAGACGUUAAAGAAUGGUAUGUGUGA